AUAUGUGGUGGUGCUGUAUGACGUUGACAAGAACAAACAAAACCACAUCUUCAAUUCUUCCAAAAAUACCAUCACCUCAGUGGCUUUCUCCUGGGAUGGGACACACCUGGCAACGGGAGAGUGUGGACACGAACCACGACUCAGAGUGUGGGAUGUACAGGAACGUUUGCAAGUUGCAGAAUUUUCUGAACAUAAAUUUGGAAUCAACUGUGUGGCUUUCUCUCCAAGCCAGAAGUAUGUAGUAUCUGUUGGCACACAACCUGACACGACAGUUACCGUCUGGGACUGGAAACAAAAUAUCAAAGUAGCUUCCAGUAAACUAUCUUUUAAGGUAAAAGCUCUGUCAUUUUCUCCUCGUGGAACUCACUUUGUCACCGCAGGUAAUGGGCAGAUCAAGUACUGGUACCUUGACCAAUCUCGCUCAGCACAGCACAAGUUGGAAACAGUUCACCUGGUGGGAAAGUCUGCAAUAUUAGGAGACCGGAGAAGAAACUAUUUCUGUGAUGUAGCCUGUGGUCGAGGAAAGACUUCAGACAAUACUUACGUUAUCACUAAGUCAGGACUUCUGUGUGUUUUAAAUAGUCGUCGUUUCUUGGAGAAAUGGGUAGAGUUAAAGACUGCCAGCGCCACAAGCUUAUGCGUAUCUGAAAAGUAUGUCUUUAUUGGUUGUGCAAACGGGGUUGUGAGAUGUUUCAAUCCCAUCAGUCUUCAGUUUAUUUCAACAUUCCCCAAACCCCACUACUUGGGUAUUGGAGCCAAUGAAAGAUCUCAUUCUCUGGGUGCCAAGGAUCCUACUACAGUAGCUCCAUCUGGUGUCAAGUACCCUGAUACAUUAGCAGUAACAUUUGAUGAAACCUGCCAGAAGGUGAUUUGUAUAUACAAUAACCACAGCUUUUACUUGUGGGAUGUACAUGACAUGACGAAAAUUCAAAACUCUAACUCCUUCAUGUACCAUAGUAACAGUGUAUGGGGAAUGGAGACAUAUCCACAACUCUCAGAGAAACGAAAGCCAGUGGUGACACAUGGAACAUUUCUGUCUUGCUCCAGCGAUGACACCAUUAGGGUGUGGAACAUAUAUGGUAAUAAUCCAAACUCUCAAACAAAUGUGUACAGUCCUGAACUGUUGAAGAUUAUGUACAUGGAUCCAGGUCUCUCAUUUUUAUGCGAUGUGAUUCUUAAACCAGGUGGAAGUAAUGAAAGAAGACAUGGUGGGCAGAGUGGGGUUCGAUGUCUAUGUAUCAGUCAUGAUGGCUAUCAUUUGGCAGCUGGGGAUCAUUCAGGAAAUAUAAGAAUCUGUGAUCUGCGAACGAUGGAGUUUUCUCUUAAAGUAGAGGCACAUGAUUCCGAGGUGCUGUGUUUGCAAUAUUCCAUGCUAAUUAAUGGAAGAAGGUACUUGGCAUCUGGAAGUAGAGACAGGUUGAUUCACGUGUUUGAUGUAAAUAAUGGCUACUCCAUUCAACAAACUCUGGCUGAUCACUCCUCUUCUGUUACUGCAAUUCGCUUUGUCCAAAAACAAGGUCAACACCUAAUGAUUUCCUGUGGAGCCGAUAAAUCUAUUAUCUUUAGACGAGCUCAGUUCACUCCUGAGAUGUCGUUUAUAGUGGAGCACCGCCUAGUGGAGAAGACUACAUUUUAUGACAUGGAAGUAGACAGUAUCCAGCAAAACAUCCUGGUGGCAUGCCAAGAUUGUAAUGUCCGUGUGUACAAUGUCAGCAAUGUUACAAACACACAUACCUUCCAUGGAUCCCAGGAAGAUGCUGGAGCACUUCUGAAGAUUGUGUUGGACAAUACUGGGGCGUAUUUGGCCACCACCUGCACCAACAAGAGUAUAUAUAUUUAUAAUUACUCUUCUGGAGAACGUGUUGCAUCCAUGUUUGGUCACUCAGAAAUUGUCACUGGACUAAAGUUCACCACCGACGGGAAGUUCUUGAUAUCAGUGUCUGGAGAUGGGUGUAUCUUCAUGUGGAAACUACCACAUGAAAUAACCCAAGUAAUUUCGUUUCGAAACAAUCUACCUGAAGCUGGUUGGCAAGAUGGACGGAGGACUGUUAUUGCCGUCACCAAACCACUACAAAUGCUGGAGAAAGAAGCUGAGAGAACAAAUAUGGCUAACAAUAGUUUCUCCUCAGAAGCCCAGGAAAACGUCAAGGAUGGAUGUGUGUCUGAAUAUCGCUUUAGUAUAGGUCAACUACCUUACUGGGCCAAGAAACAGAUGUCCAAGGAGCUCAGUAAAUGUAAUACAGACCAACAAAACUCUCCAGCUGUUCUACCUCGAGGUCGUUGGGCACAGAGGUUAGAUGAUCAAGGAAAACCCUAUCCUAACUCUGACUCUGUUAUUCCUCUUCCAAACAUUCCAAGUGUGCAAUGUAUACAACCAAACAUUCCAGACCAGGAAAAAGAGAAAGGACUAACUACUGUUGAGUUCAAACAACAGAAAGAAAUCCUCAACCCACAAAACCAGGAGAUAGAAGGUGUCAUCUUAAGAAGAAAGAAAAAAGUCAACACACUAUCAGAAGAAAACAAAAAUGAUAGGCUGCAGCACCUAAUGGGUUCAAGUGGGUCAAAGCUCGAGGAUGAAGAGGUUGAAAAUGAACAACCAGACACAGAGAUUACUGGGAUUAGUGAAAGUGGCUACAUUUUCUCAUCAGUGGACAGUUCAGUAGAGGAAAAUAGGUCUUACUUUGUGAAUGCUACAAAUGAAGAAGACUUUCAGGAAAGCAACAAAAAAUCUUCACUAGAACAACUUGAGGAUACUCUUUUUAAUAACAUUCCUGAGUGCAAGGAACCUGUUAGUGAUGAUGAAGAUUCACGAUCCACACUUGAAGAGAACGACUUUACCCUUCAUCCUUUCAGUUUCAGUGAUGAAAAUCUGGAACAUCUAGGAGAAAGAGAAAAGUUAUUAAAGAAUAUUUAUGAAAGCCUUGAAAAGGGCCCUGUGACAAGCCAUGUGGAGAAAGUGGUUAACAACAUGAAUCGACGCAGCAUAUCAGCAGAAUUUAUGGCUCAAUCAUUACCUAUGGCAUCAGUUCGAUUAACAGGUUCUGAAUCAGGCAAGAAUAAAGCUUUAGAUUAUCAGGAAAGCAGUGUUAAACCAAACAAACGAGAGGAACUGACUAGGACUUUUAAUGAAGCUCUAAAGAAACCAAAAACAGUAGGUUCGAUGGGUGUACUUACCAAUAGUAAAAGUAUGUGCAAUCUUAGUAAUGCUGUUGACAAUGAAACGACUGAGAAAUCUAUAAAAGAAUCCACCUUUGGGAACUCGCUCCGUAGAACGACUUCACUUAGUGAUUUAACCAUCCCAAUUUCAACACCACAUAAGCUUUUCUGUAGAGGAUCCAAUCCCAGCAGUUCAAAAGGUAAUUCUUCCAAGCAAGUGAUGUUAAACACAGAGCUUCCAGCAAGAGAAAAGUCUGCCAUGACUAAUAUUUUGUCACAAGGUUUCCUCCAAGCUCAACAAAACCUGGAGCCAACUGUUCUCCCAAUGUCCAUGUUGAACCUUUCCACUUUUGUGACGACAGAUCCAUCCAGAUUAAAGACUUCUGGGUUUCAGCAGGAUAACCAUCUGGAUCAUAUGGUUUACUCUCUUCUUCAACUGUACUCAGAGAAACUUGUCAAUAUGGUCGGGCAGAAAAUGAGUAAGGGCCUAGAAAAAUCAGACUAA